AUGGCGAUUCAGAGGAAAGCUGAGGUGUUUGAGUCAGUGUACUCGGCGAUCGCACUGGUUUUCGUGCUGGUGACCUGCUUUGAGCUCUGCGAUGCAGUAACGGUCGUCGAUGUCUACCGUCUCGUCCAGUACGAUCUAUCUGGAGUCCCUUUUGGAUCUCGGCUCGCGUCCCUCAAUCACCAUGCCGGGUCGUCGCUCUUUGCAUCCGGCACGGAUCUCUCCCGUACGGUUGUCAUACUUCCGGUUCGUGAAUUGGACAUGACAUUCAUUCGAGUGGGUAAGCAUGAUAUUCUUCAAUGGAUGCAGGUGAUUUAUAGCAUCAAUCCAUGGGAAUGGGUUUUGCCUAAUGCUGCCAACUUUAAUGAACGAAUAAUGGAGUUGAUUAACAAACAUGUUGAUAUGGUGGUAACCUUUAGGUAA